UGUGAAAGCCGCACAAGUUCCUCUCGGCAGAGGAGCCUCAGCAGGGACGGGGCAGUUCGGAGAUGAGACUUUCUUGUUCUCUUUCGGGUUUCCUCUGAAAACGGAUCUAAAGGGUCUGCUUCGGUCUCGGCCGGGUUCUUGCUGCUGGGCUCGGCGGCUCUCUCCCCAGCCUUUGGGCUGAAACAACAGUGGACUUAAUUUGCUGAAAUCGUACCUCCCCGGCUCAGGAAAGGAAAUAUGGGAUGUAUAGAAUCCAAACGGAAAGGCAGUCUGCAUGGAGAUGGGCUAGAUUUGAAGAUCCAACCAGUACGUAAAACUGAACGAACUAUUUAUGUGAGGGAUCCAACGUCCAAUAAACAGCAAAGGCCAGCAAAUGAUGAUGUGCUUUUACCAGGUCAGAGGUUCUGUAAGGAAGAAGAGGAAAAUGAACAUAAGGAUAUUGUAGUAGCAUUGUAUCCCUAUGAUGGUAUUCAUGAAGAUGAUUUAUCCUUCAAAAAAGGAGAAAAAAUGAAAAUUCUGGAGGAGCAUGGAGAAUGGUGGAGGGCGAAGUCCCUUUUGACCAAGAAUGAAGGCUUUAUCCCAAGCAACUAUGUCGCAAAAGUCAACACCUUAGAAACAGAAGAAUGGUUCUUUAAAGACAUAACCAGGAAAGACGCAGAAAGACAACUUCUAGCCCCAGGAAAUGCUCCUGGAGCGUUCCUUAUCAGAGAGAGUGAAACAUUAAAAGGUAGCUACUCUCUCUCCAUCAGGGAUCAUGAUGGACAGCACGGUGAUGUUGUCAAGCACUACAAAAUUAGAAGUCUAGACAAUGGAGGCUAUUACAUCUCUCCAAGAAUUACUUUUCCCUGUAUCAGUGACAUGAUCAAACAUUACCAAAAGCAACCAGAUGGCUUAUGCAGAAAGCUGGAGAAAGCAUGCAUCAGUCCCAAACCACAGAAACCAUGGGAUAAAGAUGCCUGGGAGAUCCCUCGAGACUCAAUAAAAUUAGUGAAAAAGCUUGGAGCGGGUCAGUUUGGAGAGGUCUGGAUGGGGUACUACAAUAACAAUACCAAAUUAGCCGUGAAAACUCUAAAGCCUGGCACUAUGUCUGUGCAAGCAUUCCUGGAAGAAGCCAACCUCAUGAAAACGCUUCAGCAUGACAAGCUGGUCAGACUAUAUGCUGUAGUCACCAAAGAAGAACCUAUUUAUAUAAUAACUGAAUACAUGGCUAAAGGCAGCUUACUAGAUUUUUUGAAGAGUUCAGAGGGUGGAAAAUUACUGCUUCCAAAGCUCAUUGACUUCUCAGCUCAGAUUGCAGAAGGGAUGGCAUACAUAGAGAGAAAAAACUACAUACAUCGAGAUCUGAGAGCAGCUAAUGUUUUAGUUUCGGAUUCACUGAUGUGCAAAAUUGCUGAUUUUGGACUUGCUAGAGUAAUUGAAGAUAAUGAAUAUACAGCCAGGGAAGGUGCAAAGUUCCCUAUCAAAUGGACAGCACCAGAAGCCAUUAAUUAUGGCUCCUUUACUAUUAAGUCUGAUGUGUGGUCCUUUGGAGUUCUUCUCUAUGAAAUAAUUACUUAUGGGAAAAUUCCUUAUCCAGGUAUGAGUAAUUCUGAUGUAAUGAUGGCUCUUCAACGUGGGUACCGCAUGCCGCGCAUGGAAGCCUGUCCAACUGAGCUCUAUGAUAUCAUGAAAACAUGCUGGAAAGAUAAAGCAGAAGAAAGACCAACAUUUGAAUAUUUACAGAGUGUCCUUGAUGACUUCUACACAGCUACAGAAGGACAAUACCAGCAGCAGCCAUAGAAAAAAAGCAGAUUGGCAGAGACCUCUCAAAAGGACAAUGUGGUUGAGCCAUUUACUUUUAAGCACUGGGAUAUCCUAAUCAGUUGUUCCUGAAACUGAAGGCUGCAAGUUGAAUGGAUGAUACAAAUGAUCAACAUCCUGCUUGAGGGUUUAAGUUCUCUAAUGAUGAUGCUUUCUUUGUAUUUUGCUUAAACAAACAUCUAGAUAAGAUAAACUUUGAUGCACCGGAAGGAAAGCCACCUCAGUACAAACAAAUAUAUGAAGUAAGACACAGCUGGAAAUGUAAGAACAGAAAGAAAAGUUCAUGACAGCUAUCGGAACUUACAGCAAGUGGCCAAACACAACAUGCAUCCUAAAAACGGUCUGUUUUAGGGCCAAACUAGAUGUUACACAGGAGAUACAUGAGCAACCUCCGCCUGGUUUGUUUUUACUGAAAAGCUGCUGAGACUGCGGUAGGGAAGGAGGACUGUAUAACCUGUUUAUCUUCUUGCCAUUUCAUUGCUCAAAGCUUCCCCUACUUGCCUAACUGCAGGAUAAAAGAAAUCAGGGGGGAUCUGUCUUCACCCACGGGUGGGAAACCAGCUUGGAGGACCAACUACAAGUAGACAGACUGUGGCAGAGAAAAGGUUUAAUCAGCUCCACCCUCAAUCUCUCACACUGGCAACCUGAUGCAACUGCUUUUCAUGAAAAUAUAGUGCGUGUGUGUACGCAUGCAUGCACGCGCGUGCACACACACAUCUCUUAUGUAACAUCUAGCUUGGCCUUCAGCUGUUAGGACAACUCUCUUCUGUUGCUACUUCUAGAAGCAGAUUGGAUAAAGGGGGCGUAAAUGCUACAGGUCGCUGUAGCAUCAGCACUAGUACUUUUUAAACCUUAAUGUGAAAUUGCAUUGUAGCAGUGAUUUAGUGUGUUAAAUUGGUAUCAGAAAGAAUUAUAUCCUACUUUCAAGUAGGUAACCAUGAUUUUUCAGCAUGGAAAUGUUUGUUGGUCAUCACUUCCCUCCAAUCUUAUAUGUCAAAGCAGCUCAUUCAAAGCCCCCAGAUGUAGAAUCUAAAAUACAAUACAUUUACCAGCAAUAACUGAUGAUCUAAGAAAAACUUGUUCAUGGCUUUUUUAAAUAAGAAAUUGAUAACUAAAGUGUUGAAAGUCUUAGUAGAACCUUUUCUACUGGUGUGGUUCAAAGCUGCCUUUUUAAAGGCAACAUUUUAAAAUGAGCAGCACUAAAUGUGCUGUGAUUAACUAACAGUGCCAAAGAAGAUAGUUCACUUUAAAAUGGUCUUGGGCAGCAUUUCCUGAAUUUACAACUACCUUGAAUUAUCACUGUUCUCAUUCUUGGUUCUAUGCGGAAUUACCAUUUUAUAAAAUGCAAUGUUUGGUGUAAAAAAAGCACAACUGAAGCAAUGUUUUCCUUGGGAACCAAAAUCUAUGUAUUUUUUUGCACAUAUUAUGUAGGAUGGGUGGGGAAAUGCACUUGAAAAUCAGGCAUUAAAGCACCAAUGGUCGCAGACAGGGUUCAAAUCAAACCAUGAACUGGAUACAGGAACACCAAAGUUACCUCACUAUUCUGUGUGCCUCAGCUUUUCUCUGAUUAGGGUUAUAUUUUUCUUUAUCAUGCUAAGAAUUGAGAGGACAACGUUACUGAGAACUCUUCCUCAGUAAGAGGACUCUGAACUGCUUAUUCAUAAUUUGGUUACUAUAGGAGUAUCAUGAUUCAUACUAUGUUUUGCUUCACAAACCAAUAUUAUUGUACACAUGCAGUUUAUUAUUAUUUUUAAAUGAAGGAAUCCAGCUGGCAGACUGGUAACCAGACUAUCAGCAUGUAAAUACUAUUUUGAUUUUAUUGUGAUUUUAAUAAAUAUGCAUUUAUGAAACUUUGAA